CUAUACAUACUUUGUGGAUUUUCCAUGUGGCCUGCGCAUUUCAGGCUGGUCCGUGGGUGGAGCAUGGGACCGUCGAUGUGGUUUGGCGUGAAUUGAUUGGACUACGGGUCUAGUAUAGACAGAGGGACACAGCAAUGGCCGGGGGCCCGUCACGUCCGGUCCGACAAAAGCAGGGGUUAUUUGCUGUUGGAAAGAUUCGGACAUGAUUGUUGACCGGGAUAUGUACGGAGUAUGGAUAUCCAGGGGAUUGUUUUAUUUCCUACCUUGUGCUUCUUACCUUCUGGCUCCCUUUUAGGGGAAUUUCUUUGUUCAGAACUUCCGAGUAAAGUGUCCGGUGAUCCCUUCCGGCAUGUGGUGAAUCGUUCAUGGGAGGAGGCACGGGAUCUCCGCUACCUACAUACUCCGUCCGGGCCGGGCUCCUUUGCCCCUGAUGGACAAGUCGACUUGCUCGCCAAUCACCAAAAUCUCCUGCGAGUGCCGGGCAGUGCUGGGGUAAAUAAAAUUAUAAUUAGCCAAGGCAACCAGGUAAGUGCUUUAGCUCGCCAGGAAGCAUCCAUGAAGAGGAGGGAAGGUCUGGACCCCAAAUUUGCAGCCCGCGAGUGGUGGACGUAGGCAGUAAUUUGAGCAACUCCUGAGCUAGCCUCGAACUAUGUGGAGGCGGGCGAUGGUUGGCAAUGGAGCAGCCGGCGUUGGGGGCUG